UGUCCUAUUCAUGUGUAAAGACUGAAAACCUUAUAUUUUACAUUUCCUUCAAACAUAAUCUCCUUAGUACAAUAAUGGGAAUUAAACCAUUUUUAAUCUAGAAUAAUAUAUCUGUUGAUUAAAUUGAACUUGUUUUGAAUUUGACUGAAAAAUAUCGCAGUAAUUAAUAUCAAUAAUAAAACAUUAUUCAAAAAUGUUUAUAUCUGCUCUAUUUAAUGUGGACAAUGGUUAUUUGGAAGGUUUGCUUCGUGGAUUUAAAUGCGGUAUAUUGAAACAAUCAGAUUAUAUUAAUUUGGUUCAGUGUGACUCUUUAGAUGAUCUUAAGAUUCAUUUACAAAGCACUGAUUAUGGCAGCUUUUUGGCCAAUGAACCAUCACCUUUGGCUGUUUCAGUGAUUGAAGAUAAAUUGAGGGAAAAAAUGGUCACUGAAUUUCACCAUAUUCGCAAUCAAGCUGUUGAACCUUUGGCUACAUUCCUUGAUUAUAUCACUUAUUCCUACAUGAUUGACAAUAUAAUUCUUCUGAUAACUGGAACACUCCAUCAACGACCAAUACCUGAAUUAAUUGAUAAAUGUCAUCCUCUUGGACGCUUCGAUCAAAUGGAGGCAAUUAAUGUGGCAACUACUCCUGCUGAUUUGUACAAUGCUAUUCUUGUUGAUACACCAUUGGCUCCAUUUUUUGUUGAUUGUCUCUCCGAACAAGAUAUGGAUGAAAUGAAUAUUGAAAUUAUCCGAAAUACACUAUACAAAGCAUAUCUUGAAAGCUUCUACAAAUUUUGUCAAGAUGAGAUUGGAGGUACAACUGGGGAAGUUAUGUGUGAAAUUUUAGCAUUUGAAGCAGAUAGACGAGCUUUUAUCAUAACCAUAAAUUCAUUUGGAACUGAAUUAAGUAGAGAAGAUCGAACUAAAUUGUACCCUCGAUGUGGUAAACUAAAUCCUGAUGGUUUAGCAGCUUUGGGUAGAUGCGAUGAUUAUGAUCAGGUCCAUGCGGUUGCUGACUUUUAUUCAGAUUAUCAUUCAAUAUUUGAAUCAGGGGCAGGACAAGGAGAUGUCGAUGAGAAAACAUUGGAAGAUAAAUUCUUUGAAUAUGAAGUUAAACUAAAUGUUAAUGCAUUUAUGCUUCAAUUUCAUUUUGGUGUCUUCUAUUCUUAUCUUAAAUUGAAAGAACAAGAAUGCCGGAAUAUUAUUUGGAUUGCUGAAUGUAUCGCCCAACGCAUACAUACAAUUAAACGCGAACAUUACAUUCCAAUAUUUUAAACAAGUAAAAAUGUAUUUAAGUAAAGAUCAUCUUGUGUUUGGAUCGUUUGCUGUAUCAACUAACCAUCUUAUCCAAAGAGUAAAUGCAGAGAGUUAUCCUCUUUGAUCUUAUCUGGAAUUCUGCAAAAUCAGCUAAAACUGUUGGCUGAAUCAUCGAUUCAUAUUAUUACCGAUGUUUUGGUUUCGACGUGUCUUUAAAUAAAAAAUGUUGAUAGAUUUAA